CAAUCCUUAUAAUAAAGGCUUCAUUAAGAAUGCUUAACUUGUUUAUGUGAGCUUAUUCAUCAUCAUUUCAUGGAAGUAUAAAUACUUACUAUUGAGCUUGUGAAAAAUAAGUGGCCCUAGGAAUAAGAUGGAAAAGUGUUAUAUUUAAGUGUUACAGGCUCGUUGUAACCGUUAAGCCUAUCCGAGGAUUAACCAACAACAAUGACAGACUGUCCGAGCCUUACAAAUAUGCUACCGAACUCAACGUUUAUCACGAAGGAAACAUAUCGCGAGUUACAGGUGAGCACGUGGGCGAUGAGCCCGGGUACGGUGGUCAGGGUCUCGUGCCUCGAUGGACUGGAGCUGGUGGGUGAACCGGAAGUCACUUGUCUCGAUAGCGGUCUCUGGUCCGCCGAUCCAUACUGUGAAGUGAAGACGACACCGUUGCCGACAAGGCCAGACGGCAUGGACGAACCUCUUAUUAUCGUCAUAGUUCUGGUGGUCAUCCUUGUGCUAGUCGCUGCAGUCAUAAUCUUUGUCUGCAUCGCUCUCGCAAUGGGCAGGGGCCGAGGAAACAAGCACAAAAGGUCUAAGAAUGGUGACACAGAUUCGAUGCCAUACAGUGUGUCCACCCAUGUAUUUGACCAAAACAUCGCGCUAUAUGGAAAUAUGGGGCGUUCGCAAAUAGUUGGAGAGGAAAAUGACAACGCCGUGUAUUACCAUAACGACCCGACACGAAGGAGAGAAAGGGCAGUUCAUCAUUCAUCGAAGGAGAUACCCGAAAACCAACAACAAACGGAAGGCGAUGUCUACUACGUCUCCUGUAGAAUGGCCAAUGAAAACCCAUCACCCGGUUACCAUAGUGACGACUGCGUGUAUUGCAGUGAAGGUCAAAGGUUACCAAGAAUACGUGAUUUUUACGAGGAAGACGACCGGGGAUCACCAACGGAACACGAAAUGUACAUGAACAAAUCGAGGAGGGACGAAUUCCUAUGGAGAAAAGGGGACUCAGUAAUCAGUGACUUCACCAUCCCACGACCACAUUAUCAGUCAAAACACACUCCAUAAGUGAUCCUUAAGGACAAAAUCAAAGUGUUUAUAUUUAAUGCCAUUUAACGAUCACCUCUUACCAAUUUCCUACCACUUCAGUCGAAGUGCAUUAUUUACACUUGAAAAAAAUGUCGUGUACGGUUCGAGAAAGUAUUUCAACAGCUACACUUGUGUCAUUAUACUUUACAUAUAAGGCCACUGUUUUUUGAGUGUUCGUUUAACAAACCCGCCGCUCAAAAAAACGCGAUUUCAGAAAAAAAAUGGAAAUCCCAAACUUUUUUGUUCUUUCCGCUCCGAAUUUUGCCCAUCGAUUAAAAUAAAACGUCGGGGAAAGAAAGACAACUCAUUCCAAAUAAACUUUUCGUCAUUUCAAUAGCCAGUCGUCUAUAAGUCAUCAAAUCGUUAGCGCUGAUUUUUGUAUCCAGACGUUUGAUUGGACAACAACGCUCGAAGAAACAUGGUGGACUGGUUACAAUUUUAAUCUAUUUCUCAGCAAACAAUAAAUUCAUUUGUUAAAAAAAAUGAAAAUGAUACUGUCUCCUAUAUUAUUAACACAAGUAUUCCCUCUAAUACAUUCUUAAAGAAUGUAUGUGGAUAUCGAACGGCUGGAAAUGCAAGUAAACAUGAAGGGAGAUCGUCAUACCAUAUGACAUGCCGGGCUCCGUGUUGAUUUCAAAUGGCUCAAGACCACAGUUAUCUGCCCCCCGUUGACCAAGAUCCGGAUGUGAAUACAGAAACAAAGAGUGCUUGUGUUCAAGUAUCAAUAUUUUAUUAAAAUUGAAUGAAAAAGAAGCAAAAAAUGUUCUUUUUGCAGAGAACUUGACUGAAUUUGACACUCUAUUGCAGAAAUUGAUAGUUUUCAAUGUAAAUAUUGGAAAAAUCAUAGCUUGUGGAAGUCUGAAAAUUAGUUGUUUGUAGCCGAUUGACUCCCUGGCGGAAGGGUUAUGUAUUUGAACUCAAUUUUGACAGUCGGGUCAAUGGUCAACAUGGUGUUCUCUUGUGAUUAUAUUUUGUGUCUUGAAUUGUUCUAGAGAUGCCAUGUCCUUGUUUUUCAAUUGGGGUGUGUAUAAAGUCAAAAGCCAGGUUAGUGUCUAUAUGAAACAUAUAGUAAAAAUAACUGUGGUCUCACGCCUGAUAUAGAGGAAGCUUUUG